AUGGAGGAUAGUUUCAACAAAGAAAUCAAUGCAGGGCUUACAUUCUUUCUCGAAAAAUAUGCGGAAGAUUUGGGAACCCCAGAUAUCAGCAAAAUAAUUGAUGAACGUGCUACUGUGUCCUUUUUAAAAACCUUUAAUCUGGUUAAGAGUCAAGCAAAAAGUCUCUUCAUUGCAGUAGAUGAAUAUGAUCGCCCUGGAAAUCGCUAUCUGCAAAAUGGUGGCAUUGGGCUAUGGAAUCCCACUUCACGUGAACACUUUACCUCCCUUGAGAAUUUUUUUGAUAUAAAUCUCUUUUCUGCCCUCAAGCGGGGCUGUGGAGCAGAAUUUGAUAGUGUGAUACACAAGUUGUUUAUAACUGGCAUUACUCCAAUGUUCCAGCGUGGACUGAGUUCAAUUACCAAUUUUAGAAACAUAUCGAUUGAUGUCCAAUAUUCUGGCAUUUGUGGCUUUUUUGAGAAAGACAUCCAGGGCUUG